AUGGCAAAGGCUGUUUCUCUCGUCUCUGCUUUAUGCAUCUUAGCCUUUGCCACCGUUGCCCACUGCCAUGCACCAGAAGUAUUCAAUGUCGAAGGCGAUGUGUACUGUGAUCCAUGCCGCGUCAAGUUUGAGACCAAACUCAGCCACAAAAUUGCAGGUGCGACCUUGAAGUUGGAAUGCAGUGACCCAAUAACUAGGAAUGUGACAUACUCGGUCGAGGGUGUAACAGAUAGCAAUGGACACUACAAGUUGAACGUAAAAGGAGAUCAUGGGGACAGCAUCUGCGAGGUGAGACUAACUGAGAGUCCCGAAGCUGAGUGCAAUGUGCCAAUGGCCGGCCUAGAAACAGCAAGAAUUGAGACUCAACGUCUUCUCAGCGAACCAGCUCCAGGAAUAAGUGCAUCUCCAUCCGAAGAGAAUAUGCGGUAUUUCAACGUAAUGAUUCUUGGUCCAACAGAGUCUCCUUAUGAAGUUAGUAUUCAAGCGCUUUUGAGUGCACCAAACCCAGACGAUCCACUCUCUGAAAACAUUGCUAAGCAUUGGAAAGCAAAUGGGGCUGAAGCCGUUGAAACAGGAGGUGUUUUCAAGCUGGAAUUGUUUUUGCCUGGAGAGUACCCAAUGGCUGCUUCCAAGGUAUUUUAA